UUGUGCUCGGAUAUUAUAUAUACAGUUUAUAACGUUUCAUUCUAAUUGGAUUAGUAUUUAAAUCACGAUUCGAAUGUUAUUAAAUAUAUUGUAAAGCUUUAUUUAUAUCGUGUAUAAGAAGCUUUUGCGGACAACAGUGACGCGUCAAAUCAGCUGACUCGCGAGCUUUCACGCCGUAAACAAAAUGCUAAUUAAAGCUCCGAUGCAGAAAAGUUCUUUGAGCGGAGCUUUCGCAUAAUUUGCAACAGCAUUUGAUGGUUUUAAGCUGGAAUUUCUUAAUAGUAAACGAGAUUCUAACCAUUUUAAUAUGUGGCAAAGGGGAAAGUCUUAUAAAGCGGACGGUGUCCUCUCAACCGUGAACGUGGUAGAAGCGUUGCAGGAGUUUUGGCAGAUGAAGGCAUCGCGGAACGGCAGCACGGCCAGUGGAGGGAGCGGCGCGCUUGUCAUAUACGAGUCGGUGCCGGCUGCUCACCCGCCUUACGUGUGCUACGUCACGCUGCCUGGUGGAGCGUGCUUCGGCAGCUUUCAGAACUGUCCUACAAAAGCAGAAGCCCGUCGCAGUGCUGCAAAGAUAGCUCUAAUGAACAGUGUGUUCAAUGAACACGAGUCGAGACGGAUCUCUGAGCACUUCAUCGAGAAGGCCGUGGCGGAGGCCCGCGCAUCUUUCGCAGGGGACGCGGCGGCGCACCACCAGGAUCCUAGCGCGGGGAUUGCUGCUUUUAGAUUCAUGCUGGAAGCGAACAAAGGCCGAACGAUGCUGGAAUUCCAAGAACUGAUGACGGUGUUCCAGCUGCUGCACUGGAACGGCUCCUUACGGGCGAUGCGUGAGCGUCAAUGUUCCAGACAAGAGGUGGUAGCUCACUACUCCGCGCGGGCCCUCGACGACGCGAUGCGCGAACAGAUGGCCAGAGAGUGGGCCUCCAGGGAGAGAGAGGCGGCUGCCACCGGGGGAGGCGUCAUACGCAACGAACUCGCUCGGGCAGAGAGAGAGCUCCGGGCCGCCAGGGUCGCAGCCAGAGAACUCAGAUUCCCAAAAGAAAAACGCGACAUUCUCUUACUCGCCGCGCGACUCGCGCCUCCUAAUAGCAAUAGUGAUCUCACCGCGCGAAACUAAAUUUUUGUUGUAUUUUAAGUAUAGUUUUAUAGUGUAAGCA